GUUUCGCCCGGAUCUUCAUGAUCUUAUGUGCCUAGAGCCUUAGGGGAGUGCCUUGCCAAGGAUUCCUCCGGCCCUUACCGCGGUUUCGGCAGGAUUCAAGUGACACGAAUGGCCAUAAACGUAUUCACAUAGGGGUCUAUGAUUGGCUUAAUACUUAUCUUGGAGACAAGAACUUGGGGUCUAGUCGGUAGAGACAGGAUGGGUAUCCAUACUGCCUUUAUACCUACCUCCUUGGAUAGGCGUUGAACAGCUUAAUAAGUAGUAUAGAUCGAUUGGGACCGCAGCAAUGGUUUCACUCUCAUCUUUACUUCCUGUAUGGAGCUCCUGUGCCGUCGCAGUUGAGGUUCUGGAUGAACCCUAUCAUCAUGCCGUCUUACAGCACGCUAGAAGUUCACAUGGUUGAAAGCUAUGGUCCAUACGACUACGAGACUACGAACAAAGAAGCUGUUAGACACUCGAAUGGUAUAUACCUCCAGCCUGCCCCCUUCGAGGUUGAAGGCUCAGGCGCCUACUUCCCGGAAGUUGUCAAUUAUGAGGGAGAGCAGCCUCCGAGUGAUACAACAGCCGUUGACAAACCACAAUCACCAGCAAGCCUAAUUUGCGGUCUAUCAAAACGUAUAUUCUAUAUUGUUUUCGCGGUCGGAUUGGUAGUGGUGAUCGGCGCUAUUGUUGGGGGAGUAGUAGGUGGCAUCUCGGGUGGACAGCAUCAUACUUCUAAGCAAUCAAACGAUUCACAGCAGGGCCCGUCCGGUAUUCCAAACGCAAACAGCACCUCGUCAUCGUCCUCCAAUCAGAAUGUGCUCAAAAUAUCGAAGUUGGUAUCCUCAAACAUGACCGACGAGAAUGGCUACGUACAUCGAUUUGUCUUUUUUCAAGACACGUACAAUGCUAUUAUCGAGCGGAGAUGGGAUUCGCAGAACAGAACUUGGAUCACGAGCAACAUCACGGAAAUCAUGAGAGGCUCUACAACGCCGGUGAAUCCUCUGCCUGGAGCGCCCCUGGCCGUCGCGUCGUGCAACUAUAAUACCGUAUUUGAGACGCAUCUCUGGUUUACUGUUCCGGAUAGCUAUGUGAGCGCAGUUUAUCUGCGUCAUGCGGACACGAAGCCGGACAACUGGCAAUACGAUACUCUAUACACGGGCGCUCUACAGACGUACCCGGGGUCGCAACUAGCAGCGACGUGGCAACGCUGCUGGAGCGAAUAUUGCAUAGGUAACUGGGUCCUUGCUUACCAGACGCCUGGGGGAGAUGUAAACGUCGCCAAUGCAACCCACUGGGACAAUCCAACUAGAGUAAUAGGAGGGAGAGACGUGGCAGCCAAUUCCAGCUUGGGCAUCAUAUCCCAGCUGAACGGACUCGGGACUAAUCGAUUAGCUCUUAUAUCGGAGACCGUCGGUUCACAGACGAGUAGCUCCAUGCAGAAGACUAUGUACUUGAACGAGUGGGAACCUGACGGGCUCCUAAUCGAAGACCUACCUCCCCCCUCGCCAAACCUACAGUUCGCCGUCCUGCUUAUGGAGAACUUCACACAGACCAUGUUUCUAACCCUGCGCCCAAACGGCACGGUCAGCGCUCUGUGGUGGGGAGGCCACUUUACGUCCAUACCGAGCGUCGACUUCCGCGGGGGGCCGUCGACGGUCAACUUCACCGCUAUCUCGGCGGGUGAAGAUUCCAUGCUCUACGGUAUAUCCGGCGACGAGGUCUUGCAGUACGAGCCGGACCCUUUGGAUCUUUUCGGCUUCACGUACGUUAGUCGGGUUUAUCCGUGAGGGUUGCGUCUGUUGCGUUAGGUUAGGUACCUAGUUUAGGGAAGGGAGGCUAUUUGUUUUGUGUCGGCUUAUACGGGAACCCGGGUUGUGUAGAGUUGGACCGGUAUAAGGCGUCAGGGGGAUCUUGUCGGUUAUCUUCUAUUGGUAAUUUUUACGCGUGGGACUACUCCCUAUGCAGUGCUGCUUGCUCACUGCCAUCGGGGGUAAGCGCUAAGCUUUAAGUGACAGGCAAAGGUUCAAACUGCGAUUAACUACAAUUAACUAAUGCUCUUAUAUCUUUAUGUCUCAUAUAGAGGGCGACGACUAAAAGAUACCUACUACCUGGUAUCUAUCUAUAAUGAUCUGGCCUGGUACUUUCAUCUUUACGUCUUAUUGUGAUUAUUAUAGAAAUAUAAACGAGAGAUCUUUAGAUAGGGCUGGCCUCGACCAUUCACGGCCCCUGUCGCGAGAGGGGGCUAUGUAAUAGUUGAACCUCUUACCAGUCAAAAACUGCAGAUCGCACUCCACGCUGUUGGCUAAGCAUCUACCCAACGCUCGCCGCGAGGCGCAAUAGACGUAGGGAUGACGCCGGUUUGAGUCAUCCGGUAUUA